UUUCGUGUUGUUCUUCAACUGUCCAGAUAUGGAAAGAUGCACAAGGGAGAUUCCACCGGCUCAUUACUCGUUCAAAAUAGAAGGAUUCUCCUUACUGUCGGAUACCAAGGUUGAAAAAAUUGAAUCUGGUAUUUUUGAAGCUGGUGGCUAUAAAUGGAGGAUGGUUCUCUACCCAAAUGGAAACGCAAAAAGCAAUGGGAAAGACUUUAUUUCUCUCUAUUUAGCCAUUGAAGAAACAAAAUCUUUGCCUCAACGUUGGGAAGUUAAUGCUGAGUUCAAAUUAUUUGUAUUUGACCAGAAAGAAAACAACUACUUGACAGUCCAAGAUUCUGGUGACAAAAGAAUAAAACGUUUUCAUGAAAUGAAGACCGAAUGGGGAUUUUCCAAGUUAAUCUCCCUGGAAACUUUGAAAAAUACAAGCAAUUAUGGAUAUCUCUGCAAUGGCUCCUGCGAAUUUGGAGCUGAAAUUUUCGUUAUUAAACCAUGCGGUAAAAGUGAGUGUCUUUCCAUGAUUAAAAACCCUGACCGUUCUACUCUUACUUGGAACCUGGAGAAGUUCUCCACACUCAAAGAGACUAGUUAUCUCUCUAAACCCUUCACCGUUGGAGGAAGAAAAUGGAACCUUAGGGUUUACCCAGAAGGUAAUGGGGAUACAAAGGGCGAUUGGCUCUCAGUUUAUAUAAUUUUAUCUGAUUCUGAUAAUCUUCCACCUAAAGGAACAGUAUAUGCACAAUAUACCAUACGGGUACUAGAUCAACGACGAGAUCAACAUGCUCAAAAAUCAGGAAAAAAGUGGUUCUCGGUCGCAAACAAAUCAUGGGGUUAUGACGUAGUACGGCUAGGUGACCUGCAUGAAAAAUCCAAGGGAUUCGUUAUGAACGAUACUUUGAUCAUUGAAGCUAAAAUUACCCUCAUUUCUGUGACUAAGUCCUCCCAUUAGUAGUUGAUUACUAUUUACUUUGUACGUUCUGUUCUAAUUAUAC